UGUGUUUAAUGUUUCUCAGGAGUUUCAACCUCUGCCUUCCUCUUUCUAAAACACACAUGACUGUGAGGUCUGAAUGUGAGAAAAUGAAACAUAAACACACACAAAGAAGUUCAUUUUAGCUGCAGAAGAGCACUCAACAGUGUAUUUGAACAAUUAUUUAAUCUCAGUGCUGCAGUAAAAACAUGAAUUUAAACUAUUACAGUAUUAGACUGCAACAAGUAAAGGGGGUCUGAAUAUUUUCUGAAUGCUCUGUAUAAUGAUGUGUGAUGUAUUUCAAGACUCUGAACAGUAUUGUCAUGUAACUUCCUGUUACUAAAAUCCACAAAGAGACAGAAGUUUAUUAACAGAGUUUCAGACAGAAGAGCACUCGUCAGUUUAUUUAUCACUUUAGUAAAACAUUCAUUGGAAUUUUAUGAAUUUGUCAUUUCAGAUUUCUGGAUUGAAACCACUGGAGAAAAUGUUUCACAGAUUUCUGUUCAGUUUGUUGAUGUGCCGUCUGAUUGGUGUGUUUGGUGAUGAAGUGAAGUCAGUGUCAGUGAUGGAGGGAGAUUCUGUUACUCUAUACAGUAAUAUUACUAAACUACAUAGAUAUGAUCGGAUAGACUGGAGGUUUGUAACUGGGGAGGCUAUCAUCGCUAGAAUUAUCAGUGAUUUCUUAAUGUAUGAUGUUGAUUUUGAUGAGAGAUUUAGAGACAGACUGCAGUUAAAUAAUGAGACUGGAGAUCUCACCAUCACAAACAUCACAACUCAACACACUGGACUUUAUCAAGUAAUCAACAGAUGGAUCUCAUACAGAUUCAAUGUUACUGUCUAUGUUGGUGUGCCCGUUCCUGUCAUCACCGGUAAAUCUUCAUCAUCAUCAUCAUUAAGCUCAAAAUGUGUGUUAUUGUGUUCAGUGUUCAAUGUAAGAGAUGUGAGAGAUGUGAGUCUGUCCUGGUACAAAGGAAACAGUUUAUUGUCCAGCAUCAGUGUGUCUGAUCUCAACAUCAGCAGCAUCUCUCUUCAUCUGAAGUGUCUGGAUGAAUCAUACAGCUGUGUGGUGAACAAUCCCAUCAGUAAUCAAACUCAACAUCUCAACAUCACUGAUGUCUGUCAGCCGUGUUCAGACUCUGUCAAUUCCUGUGCUACGACUGAAGCUGUGAUCCGAUUGGUCGUCUCUGUCCUGGUGGGCGUGGCUGCUGCUGUUGUUUUGAUUUAUGACAUCAGAUCCAGAAGAGCUGAAUAGAAGAGAAGAUCAUAGACACCAACAUCAGAUUCUCACUCAUCAAUCACAUCUGAAAGGCUCAAAUCCAGUGGCCAGUUGUAUAAACAUAGCCACUAAGUUAACACUGUGUCUUAAAAACGAAUUUCACAAACAAGUAAUUAAUAAGGACUUAACAGUCUUACUUUAAAAAGAUAUGGCCAAUCUUAAAGAAAAAAUUGAAUAAUUAACUUUUUAAUGAUGUCUUAUUCGGGACGAACAGGUCAAAAUAAGCUACUUAAGUUUCACCAGCUGUCUACAAUCAGUGAUCAACAUAUUUACCCAAUCAGCAUGAAGGCAAGCCCAUAUAUAAUCACAGUCAAACUCACCUAAGGAUUCUCUACAGUCUUCAGAAUCCCUCCACCACCCCGUCUCCUCUUACUCACCAGGUUACUACCUAAACCUAGGGGGGAAUACUCUGCGCUCGGGGCAAUUACAAAAGCUCAGAGCCCUCUCCCCAAAUACCUUUACCAAUUUAAUCUAUCCGACUUAUUUUAGUGUGAACUCGUGAAAGACUAGUCUAAGCAGUUUAUGCGACUGGCCACAGGUCUUUAGAGAACAAAAC